AGUCAAGACCGGACCGGAUCAAGAACGGACUGUAAACAAUCCAAGUUUUGGUCCUUAUAUUUUCAAAAAGACCGGACUGGACUGUAUCAAUUUGGGCCAACCGGACUAGACCGUAUAUCCACCCCUAAUGUCUAUUAAACACCGAUUCGGGCGGAAUAUUUUAGGGGCCAUUUUUGGCAGAUUCCAAAUGUGUACCAUCACCGAUUUCGGGCGAUUUUUUGGAAAGGCAAUUUUCCUUGGAUUUUGAAGUCGACGGAUCGCAGAUUCGACCCUUGGGUUCUCUCCACCAAUGAUGAAUUCUAGUAAUCGCGAAUUUGUGCGAAAAUUUGGUCGAAUUUUUUCGGAGGGAAUUUUCGUUAUUUUUAUUUGAUAUUUUCGAAAGACCGUUUACCUUAGAUUUUGAAAGUUGCGGAUCACGGAUUCAGCCAAAAUCUAUUCUUUAGGGAUGAAUAAGUCUAUUGAACACCGAUUCAGGUGGAAUAUUUCAGGGGCCAUUUUUGGACGAUUCCAAAAGGAUGCUGUUUAUGGGUCGAAUGAUGAAUUAGAAAGGAGGGCUACUUAUACUGAAUUAGCAAGAGUAAAAGUGAGCAGCCAUCCCUGGAUAAUUGGUGUGGACUUUAACGCAGUUUUGAAAUCAGGGGAAGUCUCCUGGACGUGUGAGCCAACAAGUAGGGGUGUUCAUAGGCUGAACACCCCUAUCAACAAGGUGGAUUUUGGUAGUUGGCUUGCUUCGAUGAAGUUGUUUGAUCAUUGAGCACCGGACUGUUUUCCGCCCCUAUCAUCGUGUGUUGUAUUGGAACACUUCCCUUCCCUUUGAUUCAGUGGGAGUAUGGAUAAGGGCAUAUCAAGGUCCAAUUCAAUUUCCACCGUAAUGCCAAGUUGUGCGCUAGAUGAGUUGAAACCGUGUGCUGACAGAGGACAAAACUGAGACUGCGGAUCCCUCUCUCUUCCCACAUCAACUCCCUAAAAUUGAGACACACUGAAAUAAAUAUUCAUCCCCCACACUGAAAUCACUCACUCUGACGUCGACUGUGCUUCCUUCCCUUCCUUCCCAACUGUGGACGAUUCAAAUUGGGUUACUUCACUGCAUCCCUCUCCUUUAAAUUGGGUCAACUACGAUACUACUCAUCAGCCUGCCCCUGGUUUAGCUGAUAUUACUCUUCACUCUGUGUCUCUCUCUCUCUGCCUUGGUAGUCUAUUAAUGGCAACGCCAGAGGAAUACAGAGCUCUAGAGCUCAUUCGGCAGCACCUACUGGAAGACCAUUUCUCCUCCGCCGAUCUCUUCAUCACUGAUUUGAACUCCCGAAUCUCUUGCGUCUCCCAGGAGUUGCUGCUUCCUGUGGCCGUAAAACACGAAGAAGAAGAAGAAUGGCAAUCCCCUGCUUUGUGCUCUGACUCCAAUUCCCCUGAAUCCUACCUUGACACGUCCUCGCCGAAGCCUAGGGUUUCGGGUUCCUGUAGUGGGUCGUCGUCGCCAGAGCCGGAAGAGAGGGGGAGGCAGUUCAGAGGCGUGAGGAAGAGGCCGUGGGGCAAAUUUGCGGCGGAAAUCCGUGACCCGACCCAGAAAGGCAGCCGGGUGUGGCUAGGGACUUUUGACAGCGACGUGGAUGCCGCCAAAGCCUACGACUUCGCCGCUUUUGAAAUGAGGGGGAGGAAAGCAAUCCUCAAUUUCCCACUAGAAGCUGGCAAGUCCGACCCGCCAGCUGCCUGCACUGUCCGGAGACGGAGGAGGAUGAAGAAAACGGCGCCGGAUUCGGUGAAAGCAUCCCCCGCCCGGGAACUGGAAAUGGGUCCCUUCUAAGGAUACAUAUAGUGUGUGUGGGGCUUGCUGGAGUUUAGUUGAUUGUGUAGAUCAUCAAGUUAAUUAAUUAAUUAGAAAGCUUCAUUAUGGUGCACCUAAAUGACAUAAUAUUUGGGUGGAGUUCUGAGUAACUUUAUGUAUAACCCAAUAAGAAUUCGCCACAUCAGCGUUUAUUUUUUUCUCCUCGAAAAAGUUUUAAUUUUCCUUCCUUAAUUUUUAACGGAUCAUUUCUCACUCGUUUUAACUCGGAAUUUAACUUUUUUUGCACAGUUAGAACAGAUUUAUUGUGUUCUUCAAAAUUAUAUCCACUUUGAUAUUUUUUGGAACAAAAAUUUUUUGUCAGU